UUUCCCCGAACUUGAUUCGUACUACUUCCGGUUUUCUGCAGGUGUCCAGGUUGUGCAAGAUGUUGAGUUGAAAUACACGUGAAAAUGAUGAAAACAUAUCAAGAAGGAUUUUAUCCUCACUAUUGAACUGAAGAAAACAGAACCAUAAAGUAACACUGGUAAGUGAACAGAUAUGAGUACAUUACCUCGACUAACUGGAGCUUUCCGAGCAUUUGCAGAUGUCAGCUCAAAUUCAGGAGGCUCCUUUGCUGAUCAGCAACGAGAGCUUGUUCUGAAGCGGCAGCAACUAGCGAAAAAACAGACUGACACGGUCAGCUGGCAGAAACUGACAGAAAUCAUCACCAGGGAAGCUGAUGUGUCUAAAGAGGAAAUAAAGACUACACUCAAAGAACUGACUCAGUAUUCCAAAACUAUAGUGGGAUCAGAAGCUACAUUUGAAACAAUAGAAAGCUCAGCAGCCUUUCUGUUUGAUCUUCUUAAGUCAGUCAGUAUCGUGGGAAAGAAAGAGACCACAAGACUCCGACAAAUCUUUGGACCAUUCCCAGCCUCAGCUGCCAGCAAUGCAUGCACAUUGGUCAACAAGAUAGUGUCAUGGUUACCAGAAAAUACCUUGGAUUCCCUUGGCAACCAGGACAGACAGGAGGCAGAUGGGGAGGCCAGUGUUCAUGAGUUUGGGAAAAGCAUUAAGUUUAUAGGUCGUAGUAGAGACUUUUCCCAUGAGGAUGAAGUGCUUAGUUCUGACUCAGAUGAAGGGGAGAGGUGGGAGUUGGAUUUGAAAUACACAGCAUCCCCCCAAAAACCUAUCACUGCCAAACUAGACUCCCCAGACAGAGAGAAAUAUGAUGCCUCGUGGUUACAAAGGGAGGUAACACAGUAUUUUCCGGGAGAGGAGAAUUAUCUAGGAAUGAGUAGAGAGGACUUGUGUUCUACCAUAUUUGAUGUUUUAACAGCAGCAAACUCUGAUGAACAGCAACAGAAUGAUCUGUUUGAGCUUCUGGGAUUUGACAGAUUUGAACUUAUUCAGAGUUUGAUACAGAACAGAGGGAAAAUAAUAGAAGGAGCAUUAUCUCCACCGGAGGGCGGUAAACAAACAAGAGCAAAGGCUGAUGGAGGUAACAGACCCCCGAUCACCAGGCCAACUUAUGGAUGUCAAGUGACUGUGCAGACAGAGAAUGAGCGUCAGAUGAUGAAGAUGAUGAGGCGAGAGGAAAAGAAGGACAAGAGGAAGACUGAUGAGGAGGAGGAGGAGGAUGUUGGCUUCCUGUUUAAUCCUCUUCAGCUCAGGGCACAGAGAGAGGCUGCCCUGAGGGCACCAGCCCCAGUAUUCAGUGGAGGGCGAGGGAAUUACACCCCGAGGGAGAAAUAUCCUUUUGUGUUUGACUCCAUGGAGGAGGCCCGGCAAUCCUCAGCCUUCGUUGGAGGGGUCAAGAUGGUGCUACCAGACACGUUCACCAGGAAGUCCACCAAGCUGGCAGAGGAGGUCAAGAUUCCCCAUACUGAGGCUAAGACCAUAAAUGUGGGAGACGAAAGAGUACAAAUCGCUGACCUAGAUGAUAUUGCUAAGCUGGCAUUCAAACAGACAAAGGCCCUGAAUCGUAUCCAGUCUGUUGUGUUUGAUGCUGCAUAUAAAACAAAUGAGAACCUAUUGAUCUGUGCACCGACUGGAGCCGGUAAAACAAACAUUGCCAUGUUAACUAUUCUCCACGAGAUGAAGCAGCACAUCUCUCAGGGGGUCAUUAAAAAGGAUGAGUUCAAGGUUAUUUAUGUGGCCCCUAUGAAGGCCCUGGCGGCUGAGAUGGUGCAGAAUUUUGGGAGUCGAUUAGAGCCACUAGGGAUUGCAGUGAAAGAACUAACGGGAGACAUGCAGUUAUCAAAGUCUGAGAUCCUCAAAACACAGAUGUUAGUGACAACGCCUGAGAAAUGGGACGUGGUGACACGCAAGAGUACCGGGGACGUAGCACUGACCCAGCUUGUCAAGUUACUAAUUAUAGAUGAGGUCCACCUCCUACAUGAUGGCCGAGGGUCAGUGAUAGAAAGCCUGGUAGCCCGAACCAUUAGACAGGUGGAGAGUUCCCAGAGUAUGAUCCGCAUUAUUGGUUUGUCUGCCACCCUUCCCAACUACAUCGAUGUGGCCCGCUUCCUUCACGUCAACCCACAUGUUGGAUUGUAUUUCUUCGACGGAAGGUUCAGACCAGUGCCACUGGGACAAACAUUUAUAGGAAUAAAGGCAACCAACAAAGUGCAGUUCUUACAGGAUAUGAACACAGUUUGUUACGAGAAAGUUGUGGAACAAGUGAGGCAGGGCUACCAGGUGAUGGUGUUUGUUCAUGCACGAAAUGACACGGUCAGGACGGCCAUGGUGCUGCGAGAAAUCGCCAAAAACAACGGAGAAAUUGGAUUCUUUGCUCCAGAGCAGUCCAGUCAAUAUGGACAGGCACAAAAGUCUACAUUAAAGUCGCGUAACAAACAAUUGAAGGAGCUUUUCCCAGAUGGUUUUGGGAUUCACCACGCAGGCAUGCUCAGACAGGACAGGAACUUGGUGGAGAGAUAUUUCUCUGCGGGGCACAUAAAAUGUCUCGUGUGUACUGCCACUCUGGCCUGGGGAGUCAACCUGCCUGCUCACGCUGUCAUCAUCAAGGGAACUGAGAUCUAUGACUCUAAGAAGGGAUCCUUUGUGGAUCUUGGUAUCCUGGAUGUCAUGCAGAUCUUUGGUCGAGCUGGACGGCCUCAGUUUGACAAGUUUGGACACGGUUUAAUUAUCACAGCUCAUGAGAAACUCUCUCAUUACCUCUCCCUGAUGACCCGACAGAAUCCAAUCGAGAGUCAGUUUGUAAAGAGCCUGACAGACAACCUUAAUGCUGAGGUUGCCCUGGGGACCGUGACAAACAUUGAGGAAGCGGUGAAGUGGUUAAGUUAUACUUAUCUGUAUGUGAGAAUGAGGUGUAAUCCACUUGUUUAUGGCAUCAACUACAACACUGUGGAGACGGACCCUAUGUUAGAACAGCAUCGUCAUGACCUGAUAGUGGACGCAGGGAGGAAGCUGGACAAGGCACAGAUGGUGAGGUUUGAUGAGAGGACGGGUUACUUCGCCUCAACAGACCUGGGCCGCAUCGCCAGUCACUUCUACAUCAAGUACGACACUGUUGAGGUGAUUAAUGAGCAUAUACGACAAAUGAUGACAGAGGCAGAUGUUUUUGCUCUGGUGUCCAAGGCACAAGAAUUUGACCAGAUUAAGGUGAGGGAUGAUGAACUGGAUGAGCUUGAUGGAAUCCUCCACGAGGUCUGUGUGAUGCAGGUCCCCGGGGGGUCAGAGAACACAUACGGAAAAGUCAACAUCCUGUUACAGGCCUACAUCUCCAGACACAGCAUGGACGCCUUCUCCCUGGUGUCUGAUCAAGCUUACGUUGCCCAGAAUGCUGGUCGAAUCAUACGAUCCCUGUUUGAGGUCAGUCUGAAGAAAGGUUGGCCAGUGAUGGCCGGCAGACUCCUAAACCUGUGUAAGACAAUUGACAAGCGAUUGUGGGGUUUUGAGAACCCAUUACGACAGUUCCCGCUCUUGACAACGGAGAUCCUUAACAAACUGGAGAGCAAAAAACUUACUGUGGAUAAACUGAAGGAGAUGGAGUCCAAGGAAAUAGGUCACAUGGUUCACCAUCCUAAGAUGGGUGGAGUUAUAAAGAGGUGUGUGAAUCAAAUUCCUCUAUUGGACUUAGAGGCCAGCAUUCAACCAAUCACGCGAACUGUGCUGAGAGUGAGGCUGAACAUUCAACCUGAAUUCAAGUGGGAUGACAGGGUACAUGGUGGAACAGCAGAGUCGUUCUGGAUCUGGGUGGAGGACCCGGACAAUAACCACAUCUACCACUCAGAGUACUUCCUGCUCCACAAAAAACAGGUUAUAUCAGGAGAGGCCCAGCAGUUAGUGUUCACUAUUCCUAUCUUUGAGCCCCUCCCUUCUCAGUAUUACGUCAGGGCGGUAUCAGAUCGCUGGCUGGGAUCUCAGAGCACUUGUGCAAUAUCAUUUCAACACCUCAUCUUGCCUGAAAGACAUCCUCCUCAUACAGAGUUGCUGGAUUUGACCCCACUACCCAAGUCUGCCCUUGACAAUCCAGCCUUGGAGGCCCUGUACAAAUAUUCUCACUUUAAUCCCAUACAGACCCAGAUCUUCCAUGUCCUUUACCACACGGACACUAAUGUCCUGUUAGGGGCCCCCACGGGGUCAGGCAAAACUGUCGCAGCAGAGAUGGCUAUAUUCAGAGUGUUCAGAGAGUAUCCUAAAGCUAAGGCUGUGUAUAUAGCUCCAUUAAAAGCCUUGGUGCGAGAGAGAAUGGAGGAUUGGAAAGUCAGGAUAGAGCAAAAGCUGGGGAAAAAAGUGGUUGAGCUGACAGGAGAUGUCACCCCUGACAUGAGAGCUGUGGCGAAUGCUGACUUAAUAGUGACCACUCCCGAGAAGUGGGAUGGGGUCAGCAGAAGCUGGCAGACCAGGAGUUAUGUCAAGGCAGUUGCCCUUCUGGUCAUAGAUGAGAUCCACUUGCUGGGGGAUGACAGAGGACCAGUUUUGGAGGUCAUUGUUUCCCGUACGAACUUCAUUUCCUCUCACACAGAGAAACCUGUCCGAGUCGUAGGUCUGUCCACGGCGUUGGCCAAUGCUAGGGAUCUGGCAGACUGGCUGGGAAUUAAACAGAUGGGUUUGUACAAUUUCCGUCCAUCUGUCCGCCCUGUGCCUCUUGAGGUCCACAUUCACGGAUUUCCAGGACAACAUUACUGCCCACGAAUGGCCACCAUGAAUAAGCCCACAUUUCAGUCCAUAAAAACGCACUCCCCAGAGAAGCCUGUUCUUGUGUUUGUAUCGUCAAGGAGACAGACACGCUUGACUGCCCUUGACCUGAUUGCUUUCCUUGCUGGUGAGGACAACCCCAAACAAUGGUUGCACAUGGAAGAAAUGGAGAUGGAGAAUAUCAUAUCGGGGAUUAAGGACACCAACCUGAAGCUAACACUAGCGUUUGGCAUUGGUCUUCAUCAUGCAGGCCUAAUAGAGAGAGACAGAAAAGUCUGUGAAGAACUCUUUGUCAAUCAGAAAAUACAGGUCCUCAUUGCUACCAGUACCUUGGCAUGGGGUGUCAAUUUCCCAGCUCACUUGGUGGUCGUUAAGGGAACAGAAUACUUUGAUGGAAAGACCCGUCGCUAUGUAGAUUUUCCAAUCACAGAUGUGCUGCAGAUGAUGGGGAGGGCAGGCCGGCCACAAUUUGAUGACCAGGGUGUAGCCAUGAUUUUGGUCCAUGACAUCAAAAAACAUUUCUACAAGCGCUUCCUAUAUGAGCCGUUUCCGGUGGAGUCCAAUCUCUUAGAAGUCCUCCCUGAUCACAUGAAUGCAGAGAUUGUAGCAGGAACGGUGACAUCCAAACAGGAUGCAAUGGACUACAUCACGUGGACGUAUUUCUUCCGUCGCCUCGUUCAGAAUCCUACAUACUACAACUUGGAUGGCACAGAUUUUGACUCUAUCAAUAAGUUCCUGUCCUCUCUGGUGGAGAAAGCCCUGUACGAAUUAGAGUGUUCCUACUGUAUCGAGGUGGAUGAUGACCAAAGAGGGGUGCACCCUCUGACCCUGGGAAGAAUAUCCUCCUAUUACUACCUGAACCACAAAACAAUGAGGAUGUUCAGAGAUGAGCUGAAGGCAGAGUCCAGCAUCUCGGACCUGAUAGAGAUACUAUCUAAUGCUGAGGAGUAUGCACAGUUACCUGUCAGACAUAAUGAGGACCAGAUUAACAGUGAUUUAGCCCAGAAGGUGCCUCUGGAAGUGAACCCCCACACCUUGGACUCCUCCCACACCAAGACACACCUCCUGUUACAGUGUCACUUUGGUCAGUUGCCCCUCCCCUCCACAGACUACAACACUGACACCAAGUCUGUUCUGGACCAGGCUAUCCGAAUUCUUCAGGCCAUGCUGGACGUCAGCGCAGAUGAGGGAUGGCUAGUUACCUCCCUUAGAAUCACACAGCUCAUUCAGAUGGUCAUUCAGGGUCGAUGGCACCAUGACAAUGCCCUCUUGAUCUUACCUCACAUGACUCCAUAUCUCAUCAGUUGUCUAAGACCCAGCGGGGGAGGAGCCAAGAGGAAAGGAUUCCCAGAUAUUCAGGGCCCCAUUCAGACCCUUCCAGAACUCCUUGUGUUGUGCGAAGGCAAAUAUGAUGCUGUCAUGGCGAUGCUCGGGGAGGACUUGACACGGAAUCAAAUGGACCAGGUCUACCAUGUUGUGGGUACUCUCCCCCAGAUAAUGGUCAACCUGGAGGUCAAAGGGUGGUGGGAAGGAGGUGAAGGUCAUCAGGAAGCAAGGAAAGUCAGCAAAUCACACACAGGUGGUCGUAGACCAGACAGUGACUGGAUUCAGGUUCAUGCUGACCAGGAGUAUGUCAUAGAGGUCAGUCUGCAGAGAGUCAACAAACUCAAGAAAAGAGAGAGUAAAGCCCAUGCUCCCAGAUUUCCAAAACCCAAGGAUGAAGGUUGGUUUCUGAUGAUUGGAGAUGUUGAAAAUCGUGAAGUGAUAGCUCUGAAAAGAAUGGGGUACAUCAGGGGUUCAUCCAAGCAGUCCUUGGCAAUCUAUACCCCAGAAAACACCGGCCGUGUCAUUUACACCCUGUAUUUGAUGAGCGACUCAUAUCUCGGACUGGAUCAGCAGUACGACAUUUGCCUGGAUAUUAUUCCUGCCAGUAUAGAGACACAAGUCAACACUGAGAUAGCCAAUGAACUAAAUGAUCUGGAUUUCAGUAUAUCCUGAUGGAUAUGAUUUUUUAAAAAUUUUAUUUAAGAUGAUUUCAUUUCACUGUGCUCUGUGAUAUACUGUAGAAUGUGUUCACUUUUAGAACUGUUGGUUAGUGUGACAUUGUGAAAAUUCUCAAGGACACAGAGAAUUAAUCAUGCUGAAAUUGGUUCUUAUUGCUAAUCAUUGUACAGAGAGAGAAAAUAAAUCAUUACAUUGCUUCA